CCAGCCGUUGGCUAACGUGGAAGCGCGUCCCACUGGCCGGCUGAGGAGCCCGGACCGCGUUGCCCUGGGCAGUUGGGCGCGCGGCCCGGCGACGGAGGGCUUCUCGGCGCGGCUCGGCCUUUCCCGGGAGGGAGCGAUGGGGCGCGCGGGCGUCGGCGAGCGGACGCCGGUGUAAGACGCGCGGCGCCCGGCCCCGGAGCGAGGCGGCGGCGGCGGCGGCGUCGGGCGCGGGGAGGCCUGUGAGGGCCGCCGCCCCGAGCCCCGGCCUCCCCCGCCAUGGCCCCCAUGGGCAUCCGCCUGUCCCCGUUGGGGGUGGCCGUGUUCUGCCUGCUAGGGCUCGGCGUGCUCUACCACCUCUACUCGGGCUUUCUGGCCGGCCGCUUCAGCCUCUUCGGUCUGGGCGGCGAGCCGGGCGCCGGCGCGGCCGCGGGGCCCGCAGCCGCGGCCGACGGGGGCACCGUGGACCUGCGCGAGAUGCUGGCUGUGUCGGUGCUGGCGGCGGUUCGCGGCGGCGAUGAAGUGAGGCGAGUCCGCGAGAGCAACGUCCUCCACGAGAAGUCCAAGGGGAAGACGCGCGAGGGGGCCGAGGACAAGAUGACCAGCGGGGACGUGCUGUCCAACCGCAAGAUGUUCUACUUGCUCAAGACCGCCUUCCCUAACGUGCAGAUAAAUACUGAGGAACAUGUAGAUGCAGCUGAUCAGGAGGUUAUCAUAUGGGACCGUAAGAUUCCUGAGGACAUCCUGAAGGAAAUCGCCACCCCUAAGGAGGUACCAGCAGAAAGCGUUACUGUCUGGAUCGAUCCACUGGAUGCUACACAGGAAUAUACAGAGGAUCUUCGAAAGUAUGUCACUACUAUGGUGUGUGUGGCUGUGAAUGGUAAACCUGUGCUAGGAGUAAUACAUAAGCCAUUUUCUGAAUACACAGCUUGGGCCAUGGUAGAUGGUGGGUCCAACGUGAAAGCCCGCACUUCCUACAACGAGAGGACCCCGAGGAUCGUUGUGUCACGCUCCCAUUCAGGAAUGGUCAAGCAGGUUGCUCUUCAGACUUUUGGAAACCAGACCACCAUUAUCCCAGCUGGUGGUGCCGGUUAUAAAGUCUUAGCACUCUUGGAUGUACCCGAUAAGAGUCAAGAAAAAGCUGAUCUGUAUAUCCAUGUGACAUACAUCAAAAAAUGGGAUAUAUGUGCUGGCAACGCCAUCUUAAAAGCCCUUGGGGGGCAUAUGACUACCCUGAGUGGUGAAGAAAUCAGUUACACUGGGUCCGACGGCAUUGAAGGAGGGCUCCUUGCCAGCAUCAGAAUGAACCACCAAGCCCUGGUCAGAAAACUGCCAGAUCUAGAGAAGACAGGACAUAAAUAAGCAGAGCUGAUUACAGGUCACAGUUCUUCCCAAGUUGAACGGUCCGCCGAAACGCCAGGGGCUUCAAAGCAUCGGUGCAGACUAUGCAUGGUUAAGGCCAUCCUGAACUUUCUAAAGUAUUUAUGAAGCAUCAGAGACUUAUUUUCCCUGUAAUAGGAUGGAAGAUCAGGGAAAAUGGGUUGCUUCGUGUCUCAAGUAUUGUCUUUAUUUUUGAGACGAUUUUCGUACAGUUGUCAUACACAAGGCGCAUAUAUAUAUAUAUGUAUAUAUAUAUAUUUGUGAAUUAAAAUCUACAGCUGAGUACAUUGUUCUGAGUCACCAUUUUCACACAACAUCACGAACCUUCACUGUUUGUUCGUACUUUCAUAUAGAAUUGGGCUGAAGAAAGGAUUGAUUUUGUGUAGAUUUAAUAAUUACUUUACAAUUGUAUCUCAUUGAAAAUAAAGUUAUUGGGGGUUUUUACCCCUAAUGCAGAUAGAAAGCACAAGCAGCCACACAUUCGUUAAUAUGCAACAAAUGCUCUAUUUAUCUGUUGCUGAAUAUUUCUUAAGGAUUAAAAUAGAAGAAGCUGAAAUUGUUUUCAUUCUUUGAAAUUUUAAUAACAGGUUCACCAGCUAGUCGAGAAUAUAGCUGUUUGACGGUUGAGUUGUAAUUGUAGUUUCCGUGUGUGUGUUUUGUUUUGUUCUGUUUUCUUUUGAUACCAAACAGUGUAUUUGUACCCCUGGGUUCACCGUUUCUGCUAUCUUCCUAUUGAUUUUCGUUUGCUCUGUGGACAGUGCAUGGUUCCAUCCUUUCCCUCCUGACCAACAUUUAGUUUUAACUCAUAAGGUCUGGAUUAAGGUUUCAGGGUUAGCACUAGGAUUUUGGUACAUUUUCUCAUUAGGGAUAAAUGAUGCACUAUAAGAAUAUAAAUGAUUCUAUUAAUUGACUUAUUUGAUAAUUACAUGGCUUAAGCUAGCUUUCGUUAUUUUAAAAAACUUUGUUUUAGUACUUUUUAAACAAUUUGCCAGGUUUGAAUGUAGAGAUUCUCUCCUUACCAAGAAUGAUUUCUGGUUGCUUUUACCGUUAAUAAAUGCACCUAACCUAACUAAACUCUCAAGGUAGUAACUUUUAAGAUACUUUGAAGUUUCCAUUCAGAUUAAAAUAAUGAUGGUUAAUGUUACUUUCUGAUUAAUUUUUUAAAAUUCGGUGUGUGGAAUCUGGUUGGAAGAAAGGCAGUUGAGUCUUCACUGAGUCACUAUAAUUAGCCCCUUACUUUGUGAACUGUCUUUCCUGGGGAUGCCGGAUUUCUCUCAGUGUGAGAUCUGGAAACUUUGUAAACAAAUACCGUUAUUUCAUGUGACUUCGUAUUUUAUAACAUUCUGAUAAAAGGGGGCGGGAUGGCUUAUUUUGUUUUCUUUAAAAUAGCUUUCCAUUUAUUUUCCUAUCUUGGAGGUAAAAUUGACCAAAGAACGGACAUCCUCAUCUGGUGGCAUGUGCAUACAACUUUAGGUCUGCGUUUUACACGGUCUCCAAAGCCCUUUACUUCCUCAUUAGGGACUUGAAUCCAGUAGGAUGCACGUGUUUCUCCUCAAUAUCCAGCAGCUGGUCAUCAGUCUGGGAGUGGAGUGGGCCUCAAUAGGUGGGAUUUUGUUCAAUGAAAAUUCAUGCAACGUUUUGGUAGUCGGGACACUUGGUAUUUAAACAGGACUUAGGGAUUCAGAACAGAAAAUCGGAGAGCUCACCUUCCUACUUGGCAAUGAAAUGAGAACACUUUUUCUCAGGAGGGAUGGCAGAGGCUUGUCUUAUUUCCAGAGUCCGUGGUAGAAGCAGUUAAUUCUAAUGUGUCAAAUAUGGGGAAACAGGACCGGCAUACUAGGAACCGGUGUCUGAUUGGGAGUUGUUGGUUGUUUUUGUUUUUGUUUUGUUUUUUUCAGCAAUAGACGGAAACUUUCUAACUUCAUGGAAAUGAAACUAGUUCAUAUUAGCAAGCAUGACUGCUUUGGUUUUAUUUUUUAUUUCAUUAAUCUGCAUGUAGAUAAUGACUUGCGAAGGGCUUGUGUGCAAAAAUUAAGAUACUGGCUGGCAGUUAAAUGCAUUGUUUGUAUAACUUAUUGGGUAGAGGCUAAUUACUAAUGGUUUUUAGGUGCUUUCAUAGAGAGUUCGUUUUCAAAUUUUGCUUUUGUUUCCAAAAGUCAGUCUACAUUACAGAACUAAUAGAAGUACAAAGAACAGUGUUUAUAUUUAUUUAUGUGAGACAUUGUGCCAGAACAUACCAGUGAAACACCAUGAAUAAGUAAGACAUGUAAUAUCUCCCAGAAUUACAGAAAUAAAAUCACUUCUAAAAUGUAGCACAAUAAUUAGAGUUUUAACUUUUACUGACCCUGAACCUCCCUGACUCCUGGCCUUCUCUUUCUUUUAUCUUUACCCUCAUUGAGAGCACAGUGUUCCCUUAAAAUUUGAGUUUUACCCAUCACAUUUAGUAAAAACAGGGACGCCAGUAACCUCAGUACUUAUCGGCCGUCCCCUUCCUCUGCCCUUGGUCUUUACCUAGUUCUCGAUGCCCUCAGCCCCUUAAUGUUCUUCGCUCUCUGCCCCUCUUUCUUGACCAGCACUCUUCCCCAACGCUCAACCCCUGAAUUCUCUCAUAGACCUACUUUUCUCCAGGUUGGCUGCUGAGAUCUCCAGGUAGAACGGAGACGCUAGGUCAGUUCCCAGCCAGGGAGACGAAGCCUUGUCAGAGUUCUGGUUGACCGUUACUUUUCAGAGACGUCUCAAAAAGUAAGGGAAGAUCACCUUCAAAACCACAAAGACCCGCCCUGUCAAGGCUAAUCCGGUGCUUCUGUCUAUAGGGAGCAUUUCUUCAGAUCCGUUCUUGACAGAAGGAAAAUGCAGUCAAUACGAGAAGUAGGUAUAUAGGCCUGAUUAAGAAAACUUGCUUUUCCUGUUCGUUUUCACACUUCUGUCCCUAUUUCAGCGGAGAUUACCGAGAGCCUGCGAGACGGAUCAUUUCUGUCCGGUAUUCAGUUGCCGGGCAAAAUUCUUUCCCUCAAUUUUAGUGGUUUUUCUCAAUUUUAAAUCCGCAUUCAAGUGAAUUAUUUAUGGCUGUAUGAUGAAGCUGAGAAGUGCUUUGGUUGAUGUGGUUGAAGCAACAAUUGUGCAAAUUCCGUUUGCGGGGUGUGCCCUUGGAAUAUUGUGCAAAUUGGGUCAGAAGAAGGGGGGGAGGGGCGGCGGCUAAGAAGAGAGUCCGGAAGAACAACAAGCGUCCAGGGGAGGGGAGGGGAGGGGAGGGUGGCCGCAAACAUCUGCCCCCAGAGAUGGGGAGCUCUGCCCUGGUCUCAGAUGCUCAGAAACUGGAUCUUACUCGGGCUUGGAAGGUGAGCACUCUCUCUGAUAGCCCAGCAUAAGUAGAGAGAGCUGGGGUGCCCCUACGCCCUGUUCCCCAGAAAAGAAAACAUCCAGCUUGCCUCUCCUUGGUAACACCUUGAAAAUGGCCUUCUGGAGACAAUCUUUGGCAGGUUAAAAAUAGAAACCGCUUGGAUCAUUCUAGCUGCAGCUGUUUGCGUUGGCUAGGUGUUGACUGGUCCUGGAUAGAAACGGCGAUUUUGCGUUUUUGAUCCGGGUUGAAUUUAAGAUGCAUUAUUUUCAGUAUAUGCCUACAAAACGUCUGUCUUGUAACUGUUGUGUAAAAUAAACCUAUUCUACGGUUUCAUUUUUAUCCUAAAAAAAAGUUGUGCCUUAACAAUAGGGCAUUGUAUGUUAAUAAGGGAAAACAAAAUCUUUUUUUAAUAGAUGGGGAAAAUAGGAACUUUUUGCCAUUAAAAUUUAAGUUCUUUUAACAUUUUUAAUAUUAGAGUUGGGGAAAAUUCAUUAAAGUUAAAUACAAUUGAUAUAAAAUUAUUUUUGCAUAAUCUAGCAUUUACAACUGAAGUGCGUUUUUAUAAGAACUGGCAUCUUGAUGUAUAUAGGUCUGAAAUGAUACUUCAUCCUUUGGUUUUUUCAUUUGAAUAGAUACAAGACCAGGGUAAGGUACGUUUUGGUUUUUAUUUAACUUUUAAAUCAUUUCAGUGUGCUAUUGUAUCUGUUCUGCUAGUCCUCUGAGUUGCUUUGGUUUCUAAAAAUUAGCUAUUUGUUCGUGGUACCAUAUCAAUAAUUUAUUGAUGCUAAAAAAAAAAAAUACUGUGUGUCACGUGACUUAAACCAGAACAGUUCCUGGAUUGAAGGGGGGAGGAUGGGGGGGGGGAGCUUCCGAUUAGCAGUUACUAAGAGGACAAGAAUUGAACUUUGUACUUCAAAAGAAGGUUUUGGCUUUAUGAGGUGCUGUUUAUGUGAGUUGUUUAUUUUCAUUUUAUCAAAACCUGGCAGGUGUUAGCAUUCCAAUUUACUGUUGGUUUCUUUUUAAAAAACAUUUAUUUUUAAAGUUGGAUGGUGAAUUAAUUCUGUGGGAAAAUGAGGUUUAUAAGUAGUUUGUUGUUGUUUUGUUUUUUUUUUUUGAGAUAAUACAAGCCAAACUUUUAGAAGUGAAAGCUGAUGAAGAAUAUUAAAACGUUACAUACUGGGUUUGUACAUGUUCCCUAAAGUAUUAUAAUUAAGGUAAUUUGUGUAAAUCACAAAAGCAGAAACUGCGAUGUUUGGUUAGUAGUACGUUGCGUUAGAAUUCCUCUUGGGAGUAUGUUCUAUGCGUAGUAAGUUAUUAUUCAGGAGGGACGUGCUCAUCCUGUAUUUUUUUAAAUAGGAAAUACAGCAUGCCAAAAUCCUUAUUAGGUCGGUUUACUUACGGGGACUUCCAUCUCUGUCCCCAAAUUCUCUCUCGUCAUCAUUUAUGCUGAAGUGAGGAAGGUAACGUUUGAGGACUUUAACAUCACGUGUAAAAUAUGGACUUCUACUUUCGUGUAACAUGACGUCUUCCAUUGGCAGGAACCAAAGCUAGUCGUAGAGUCUAACAAGAGACACCCUGUUCUGCCAUGAUGAGCUGCGGUGCUCCUGAUGGAUUUUUCCCCCCAUUUGAUGAUGUUACUUAAGCUACUAGAGGUGUAUACACACGGGGUUGAGUUUACACUAAACUAUGAAAUGGUGUUUCCUGUUCAUGUCCCUGCCUCUUCAAACUUUGCUUUCUUAAUUGACUUGACUCCUGUGGAUCUCUUCCUUGUAAUAGGCUAACGUCGAUGAGAAGGAUUAAACUAAACAUGCCCCUUCCCUUCGAAUACCCCUUCCCUUUUGACACAUUUAAACCUAAAGCGGAGCUAGUUCAUUUGCUGUUGCCGAGACCUGCCUAGACCCGAGUUUUCUUUACUUGGCAUGCUGUAUCCUGCCUCACCCACACCACCAAAUUUCAGGGGGGGCCCGAUUUUAAUCUCUACUGAGAAGCAAACUCUCCUCCCUCCAUGGCUUUAGAGCAGUUAUUUUGUACCUCACCUGUAGCACUCAUGGUUCUAUGUGCUGUUGUAAACUUCUUAAGGACAGGGAUUAUGUCUUGGUGAUUUUUGUAUUUCCACCUCAGCCCCAGCAGCUAGCCCAGUGUCUUGAACAAAUUAGGUGCUUAAUGUAUGUUGAACUGAACUGAAUAAAGGGUUACUACUAGCAUAAGCAUUUCUCAUGCCUCACUUGUGUAAGCUGAUUGUUUUGUUAACUGCAAAUAUUUAUGAUUAUCACCCCACGCACUAAAUUAGUUUUAAAAGUUUUGCUUUCUUUCCUUCAGAUGCUACCCCAUGGACGUUUAUCUCUAGAAAAUGUGAUUGCUUCCAACGAAAUGACUAUCCCAAACUCUCUGCCCCUGAACAUACGUUGCCAAACUGAAAUUUGAAUUUUCUGAAUAAAUUGGUCAUGUCUGGAA